AGCGCGGUCCACUCGCCAGAGCGCGUGCAUUCGGAAAGAGUCGCUCGCGCUGUUGCGCCCCAUACGAAGAGCUGCCGUUGUCGCUGCAACUUUCGCAGGACGAAAAUGGACAUCAGCGGAGUCAAAGUGCUGGAGACGGCCGACGACAUCCAGGAACGCCGGAAGCAGGUGUUGGAUCGCUACCAGCGCUUCAAGGAGCUGUCGUCCCAACGUCGGCAUAAGCUGGAGGAUUCCUACCGCUUCCAGUACUUCCGCCGGGAUGCUGAUGAGCUGGAGAAGUGGAUUCUGGAGAAACUGCAGGUCGCCUCUGAUGAGAACUACAAGGACCCCACCAAUCUGCAGGGGAAGCUGCAGAAGCACCAGGCUUUUGAGGCAGAGGUCCAGGCUAAUGCUGGAGCCAUCGUCCGCCUGGAUGAGACAGGCAACCAGAUGAUCUCCGAGGGCCACUUUGCUUCCGAGACCAUCCGUACACGCCUGGAGGAACUGCACCGGCUGUGGGAGCUGCUGCUGCUCAGGACCCAGGAGAAGGGGGAGCGCAUGCUACAGGCUCAGAAGCUGGUACAGUACCUGCGUGAGUGCGAGGAAACCCUGGACUGGAUUAAUGACAAGGAGGCCAUUGUGACCUCAGAGGAACUGGGCCAGGACUUGGAACAUGUGGAAGUGCUGCAGAAGAAAUUUGAGGAGUUCCAAACAGAUAUGGCAGCGCAUGAGGAGGGUGUGAAUGAGGUGAACCAGAUGGCUGGAAGACUGGUGCAGGAGGCACACCCAGAGACGGAGCUGAUCACCCGGAAGCAGGAUGAGGUCAAUGCUGCCUGGCAGAGGCUGAAGGACCUGGCACGGCAGCGGCAGGGCAAGCUCUUUGGGUCAGCUGAGGUGCAGCGCUUUAACAGAGAUGUGGAUGAGACAAUCAGCUGGAUCAAAGAGAAGGAGCAGCUGAUGUCAUCAGACGAUUUCGGUCGUGAUCUCGCCAGUGUGCAGGCACUGUUGCGCAAACACGAAGGGCUGGAGAGAGACCUGGCAGCCCUGGAGGACAAGGUAAACAAUCUGGGUAAUGAGGCAGAGCGCCUCCAGGAGACCCACCCCCAAAAUGCCCCUCAGAUCCACUUCAAGAGGGAUGAGCUCAUCACCAGCUGGGACCAUAUCCGCACACUUGCAGCAGAGCGCCAUGCUCACCUCAACGACUCCUACAGGCUGCAGCGCUUCACAGCAGACUUUCGUGACCUGACUAACUGGGUGACAGAGAUGAAGGCCUUGAUCAAUGCAGAUGAGCUGGCAAAUGAUGUUGCCGGUGCUGAGGCCCUUCUGGACCGUCACCAAGAGCACAAGGGGGAGAUUGAUGCCCAUGAAGACAGCUUCAAAGGGACCGAUGAGGCUGGGCAAGCCCUAGUGAACACUGGGCACUAUGCCUCUGAUGAAGUGAAAGAAAAGCUGGCCAUCCUCUCUGAAGAGCGGGAGUCCCUGCUGGAGCUGUGGGAGCUGCGUAGGCAGCAGUACGAGCAGUGCAUGGACCUGCAGCUGUUCUACAGGGACACGGAGCAGGUGGAUAACUGGAUGAGCAAGCAGGAGGCCUUUCUCCUGAACGAGGAUCUGGGUGACUCGCUGGACAGCGUUGAGGCUCUGCUGAAGAAACAUGAAGACUUUGAGAAGUCACUCAGUGCCCAGGAAGAGAAAAUCACAGCGCUGGAUGAAUUUGCCACUAAACUGAUUCAAAACAACCACUAUGCCAAGGAUGACGUGGCUGCUCGGAGAGAUGCGCUAUUAAAUCGGCGCAACGCUCUGCAUGACCGCGCUCAGUCCCGCCGGGCAGCUCUCGAGGACUCCUUCCAGCUGCAGCAGUUCUUUCGUGACUCCGAUGAGCUCACAAGCUGGAUCAACGAGAAGAUGAAGACCGCCACGGAUGAGGCCUACAAGGACCCCUCCAACUUGCAGGGGAAGGUGCAGAAGCACCAGGCUUUUGAAGCAGAGCUCUCAGCCAACCAGAGUCGUGUGGAUGGCCUCCAGACCUCUGGCCAAGACCUGAUUGACCGGCAGCACUACGCUGCGGAUGAGGUGUCCAGUCGCAUGGAUGAAGUCAAGAACCAGUGGAAGAUGCUUCAGGAGGCAGCGGAACUCAAAGGCAUAAAGCUCCGUGAAGCCAACCAGCAGCAGCAGUUUAACCGCAAUGUGGAGGACAUUGAACUCUGGCUCUAUGAGGUGGAGGGCCACCUGGCUUCUGACGAUUAUGGCAAGGACCUGACUGGUGUCCAGAACCUGCAGAAGAAGCACGCCUUGCUGGAGGCUGAUGUGUGGGCCCACCAGGACCGCAUUGAUGGUAUCACCAUCCAGGCACGGCAGUUCCAGGAGGCAGGCCAUUUUGACACUGACAACAUCUGCAGGAAGCAGGAAGCGUUAUCGACCCGCUAUGAAGCACUGAAGGAGCCCAUGGCGGUGCGCAAGCAGAGGCUGACGGACUCGCUGCGCCUCCAGCAGCUCUUCCGCGAUGUGGAGGAUGAGGAGACCUGGAUCCGUGAGAAGGAGCCCAUCGCCUCCUCCACCAAUAGGGGCAAAGACUUGAUAGGUGUCCAGAACCUUCUGAAGAAACACCAGGUGCUGCAGGCUGAGAUAGCAGGACAUGAGCCCCGCAUCAAGGCUCUCACCCAGAAGGGCCAGGCCAUGGUGGAUGAAGGCCACUUUGCUGGAGAAGACAUGCAGGUGCGCCUGGAUGAACUGAGUGCCCGCUGGGAGGCGUUAAAGAACAAGGCCGCUCAGCGGCGUCAAGACCUAGAGGACUCCCUACAGGCCCAGCAGUACUUUGCUGAUGCCAAUGAGGCCGAAUCCUGGAUGCGUGAGAAGGAGCCCAUCGUAGGGAGCACCGACCAUGGCAAAGACGAGGACUCAGCUGAGGCUCUGCUGAAGAAACACGAGGCGCUGAUGUCAGACUUGAGUGCCUAUGGCAGCAGCAUCCAGGCCCUAAAGGAACAGGCACAGUCCUGUAGGCAACAAGUUGCCCCCACGGAUGACGAAACUGGCAAAGAGUUGGUGCUGGCACUGUAUGAUUACCAGGAAAAGAGUCCCCGAGAGGUCACCAUGAAGAAGGGCGAUGUUCUCACUUUGCUCAACAGCACCAACAAGGACUGGUGGAAGGUGGAGGUGAAUGACCGGCAGGGCUUUGUACCAGCUACCUAUGUAAAGAAGCUGGAUCCAACCCAGUCCUCGUCCAGGGAGAACCUCCUGGAAGAGCAGGGCAGCAUUGGCUUACGUCAGGAGCAGAUUGAGAACCAGGCUGUGGGCACCAGAGAACCAUGCAGCGUAUCUGUGCGCAUGGAGCAGGUGAAAGAACUGUACAGCACACUGCUGGAAUUGGGUGAAAAGCGCAAGAAGAUGCUGGAGAAGAGCUGCAAAAAGUUUAUGCUGUUCCGAGAGGCCAAUGAACUGCAACAGUGGAUUAAUGAGAAGGAGUUCACACUCACCAGCGAUGAAGUUGCUGCAGACCUGGAGCAGGUGGAGGUGCUGCAGAAGAAGUUUGACGACUUCCAGAAGGACCUGAAGGCCAAUGAGUCGCGUCUGAGGGAUAUCAACACGGUGGCUUCAGAGCUAGAGUCUGAGGGCCUGAUGGCAGAAGAGGCACCCAUUGUCUCGUCACAGCAGCAAGAGCUGUUGGGCGCAGCAUCUGGAGUAGGAACUGAUGAACUUGACACAAAGGGUGCUUCUCCAUGGAAGUCUGUACGCCUGGUUGUUCAAACAGUGGCAAGCUUUAAUACAAUCAAGGAGCUGAAUGAUCGCUGGAAAGCCCUUCAGCAGCUGGCACAGGACCGGAGCAACCUGCUGGGGAGCGCUCACGAAGUGCAGAGGUUCCACAGGGAUGCUGAUGAGACCAAAGAAUGGAUUGAGGAAAAGGACCAGGCGCUCAAUACAGACAACUAUGGCCACGACCUGGCCAGUGUGCAGGCGUUGCAGCGCAAACACGAGGGCUUUGAACGAGACCUGGCUGCCCUGGGAGACAAGGUGAAUUCUCUGGGUGAGACAGCUGAGCGGCUUAUCCAGUCACACCCGGAGGCGGCAGAUGACAUCCAGGAGAAGUGUGCUGAACUGAACACAGCCUGGAGCUGCCUGGUGGGCCGAGCUGACCAGCGCAAAGACAAACUGGGCAGCUCCCAUGACUUGCAGCGCUUCCUCAGUGAUUUCAGGGACCUUACAUCCUGGAUCAACGGAAUCCGGGGGCUGGUGUCCUCAGAGGAGCUGGCCAAGGAUGUGACUGGAGCCGAAGCCCUUCUGGAAAGACAUCAGGAGCACCGCACUGAAAUCGACGCACGUGCCGGCACCUUCCAGGCAUUUGAGCAAUUUGGUCAUCAUCUGCUGGCGUGUGGACACUAUGCCAGUCCUGAGAUUCAGGAGAAGCUGGUGACCCUGAAUCGGGAGCGGGAUGAUCUGGAAAAAGCCUGGGUACAGCGCCGUGUGAUACUGGAUCAGUGCCUAGAGCUGCAGCUUUUUCACCGUGACUGUGAGCAGGCAGAGACCUGGAUGGCAGCCCGUGAGGCCUUCCUGGCCGGUGACGACAAGGGUGACUCGUUGGAUAGUGUGGAGGCGCUCAUUAAAAAGCACGAGGACUUUGACAAGGCCAUCAAUGUGCAGGAAGAGAAGAUUGCUGCUUUGCAGUCCUUUGCAGAUCAGUUGAUUGGGGCAGAUCAUUAUGCGAAGCCUGAGAUUGCUAAGCGGCGUGAUGGGGUCCUGGACCGCUGGCGCCACUUAAAGGCCCAGAUGAUUGAGAAGCGCUCGAAGCUGGGCGAGUCCCAAACUCUACAACAGUUUAGCCGUGACGUGGACGAAAUCGAAGCCUGGAUCAGCGAGAAACUCCAGACAGCCACGGAUGAAUCUUACAAGGACCCCACAAAUAUCCAGCUGUCCAAAUUGCUGAGCAAGCACCAGAAGCACCAGGCUUUCGAAGCAGAGCUGCAUGCCAAUGCCGAUCGCAUUCGGGGAGUCAUCGACAUGGGCAACUCCCUUAUCAACAGGGGUGCUUGCGCCGGCAGCGAAGAUGCAGUCAAGGCUCGCCUUAAUACCCUGGAUGACCAGUGGCAGUUUCUGGUCAACAAGUCUGGAGAAAAGAGCCAGAAACUGAAGGAGGCCAACAAGCAGCAGAAUUUCAACACAGGCAUCAAGGACUUUGACUUCUGGCUGUCGGAGGUUGAGGCUCUCCUUUCCUCUGAGGAUUAUGGAAAGGAUCUGGCCUCAGUGAACAACCUACUGAAAAAACAUCAGCUUCUAGAAGCUGACAUCUCAGCCCAUGAGGACCGCCUAAAGGACCUUAACAGCCAGGCUGAUGGCUUGAUGGCCAGCCAGGCCUUUGACACCUCGCAGGUCCGGGACAAGCAUGACGCCAUCAAUGACCGCUUCGCCAAGAUUAAGAGCAUGGCAUCUGGGAGGCGCACAAAGCUGAACGAGUCGCACCGCCUGCACCAAUUCUUUAGGGACUUGGAUGAUGAGGAAUCUUGGAUAAAGGAGAAGAAGUUACUUGUGAGUUCAAAGGAUUAUGGACGUGACUUGACAGGAGUACAGAACUUGAGGAAGAAGCACAAGAGGCUGGAAGCAGAGCUGGCUGCCCAUGACCCCGCCAUACAGUCUGUGCUGGAAACUGGAAGGAAGCUGUCUGAUGACAACACCAUCGGACAGGAGGAGAUUCAGCAGAGGCUGGCGCAGUUUGUGGAGCACUGGAAGGAGCUGAAGGAUCUGGCCGCGGCACGAGGGCAGACGCUGGAGGAGUCGCUGGAGUACCAGCAGUUUGUGGCAAAUGUAGAGGAGGAGGAGGCAUGGAUCAAUGAGAAGCUGAACCUAGUGGCGAGUGAGGACUAUGGGGAUACACUGGCAGCAGUGCAGGGUUUGUUGAAGAAGCACGAGGCGUUUGAGACGGACUUCACGGUGCACAGGGACCGGGUGAGCGACGUGUGUGCAAAUGGAGAGGAGCUCAUUAAGAAGAACAACCACCACGUGGACAAUAUCAGUGUGAAGAUGAAUUCCCUGCAGGGGAAAGUGUCGGAGCUGGAGAGGGCAGCGGCGCAGAGGAAGGCCAAGCUGGAUGAGAACUCCGCCUUCCUGCAGUUCAACUGGAAGGCCGAUGUUGUCGAGUCCUGGAUCGGUGAGAAAGAGAACAGUCUGAAGACAGAUGAUUAUGGUCGAGAUCUCUCAUCUGUGCAGACACUUCUUACUAAGCAGGAGACGUUCGAUGCUGGACUCCAGGCCUUCCAGCAGGAGGGCAUCAGCAACAUCAUGGCACUGAAGGACCAGCUGCUUGCGGCCAAGCAUGUUCAGUCACGUGCCAUCGAAGCUCGUCACGCCGCCCUCAUGAAGCGUUGGAACCAGCUGCUCUCCAACUCCGCUGACCGCAAAAAGAAAUUGCUGGAGGCCCAGGAGCACUUCAGGAGGUUGGAGGAUCUGUUCCUGAGCUUUGCCAAAAAGGCUUCAGCCUUCAACAGCUGGUUUGAGAAUGCAGAAGAGGACCUGACGGACCCAGUGCGCUGUAACUCCCUGGAGGAAAUACAUGCCUUGCAGGAGGCACAUGAGGCCUUCCACGCCUCGCUGAGUUCCGCUGAGGCCGACUUCAACCAGCUGGCUGAGUUGGACCACCAGAUCAGGAGCUACCAUGUGGUGUCCAACCCAUAUACCUGGUUCACCAUGGAGGCUCUAGAGGAAACCUGGAGGAACCUACAGAAGAUCAUCAGGGAGCGAGAGCUGGACCUGCAGAAGGAGCAGCAGCGGCAGGAGGAGAAUGACAAGCUGCGACAGGAGUUUGCCCAGCAUGCAAAUGCAUUCCACCAGUGGCUACAGGAGACCAGGACGUACCUUCUGGAUGGGUCUUGCAUGGUAGAAGAAUCUGGAACCCUGGAAUCCCAGUUGGAGGCCACCAAGCGCAAGCACCAAGAGAUCCGGUCCAUGCGCAGCCAGCUGAAGAAGAUCGAGGACCUGGGAGCAGCUAUGGAGGAAGCGCUCAUCCUGGACAACAAAUACACGGAGCACAGCACAGUGGGCCUGGCACAGCAAUGGGACCAACUGGACCAGCUGGGCAUGAGGAUGCAGCACAACCUGGAGCAGCAGAUCCAGGCCAGAAACACCACUGGUGUGACCGAGGAGGCCCUAAAGGAGUUCAGCAUGAUGUUCAAGCACUUCGACAAGGACAAGUUUGGCCGUUUGAACCACCAAGAGUUCAAGUCUUGUCUGCGCUCCCUGGGCUAUGACCUACCCAUGGUGGAGGAGGGCGAAGUUGACCAUGAGUUUGAAUCCAUUCUCAACGUAGUUGACCCCAACAGGGACGGAUAUGUGUCACUACAGGAGUACAUGGCCUUCAUGAUCAGCCGGGAGACAGAGAACGUCAAGUCCAGUGAGGAGAUAGAGAGCGCCUUCCGGGCACUCAGUGCAGAGAACAAGCCCUACGUCACCAGAGAAGAGCUGUACCAGAACCUAACAAGGGAGCAGGCAGACUACUGUGUCUCACACAUGAAGCCUUACGUGGACAGCAAGGGUCGAGAAAUUCCCUCAACCUACGACUUUGUGGAAUUCACCCGCUCGCUCUUCGUCAGUUAACCCUCAGCUCCACCCACCAGCCACGAGUCAGGAUGUGUUUUCCUUUAGCCAAGCUGCAUAAGCGAGCUCUAUAUCUUGUUCUCUGCGCUUCCCUUUUGCAUAGAAGUAGAUGUUUUUCUGCUCUUUGUUGUGGUGUUUAGUAGGAGGUGAAGUGCUGUGCUUGAUAUAAAACGUAUGCAAACUAUAUAAAAGCCACUAUAAGACUUGUGUAACUGCAGCGUGCUUUAUUAAAUGCUACUGAUUCUAACUGGAACAUCUGUAAUGUGUG